AUGGCUACAGAAACCACGUCAAAUGGCGUUCAGAGCGAGCCAUGGAUUGUUGAAAACAGAGCGGUGGAUGAUGCGCGACCUAUCAAGGUGCGAGUGAUGGGAGCAGGAAUAUCAGGAAUCAUUACCUGCAUUCGCCUAGCGCAAAAGAUCAAGAACAUUGAUCUUGCUGUAUUGGAAAAGAAUGAUGAUAUUGGUGGUACUUGGUAUGAAAAUCGGUAUCCAGGUUGCGCAUGUGAUAUUCCCUCCCACACCUAUCAAGCUACUUUCGAACCAAACCUUGAAUGGUCACAAUUCUACGCCAGCGCAAAAGAGAUCCACCAGUACUGGAAGAAGGUCGCCAAGAAAUAUGGUGCUAUGGAAAAGAUUUACCUCAAGCACAAGGUUCUCGCGGCACACUGGAAUGAUGAGCUCGCCAGAUGGGAUAUCAAAGUCCAAGUGUCAGAUGGGUUUGUGUGGGAUGACUGGUGCGAUGUUUUCAUUUCGUGUGCUGGGUCUCUGAACAACUGGAAAUGGCCCGCUAUCCCUGGUCUGCAUGACUUCAAGGGUAAGCUCUUGCACACAGCUGCGUGGGAUGAGGAAUAUGAUUACAAGAACAAACGAAUUGCUGUGGUUGGCAACGGAUCAAGUGGUAUCCAGGUAGUACCAGCAAUGCUUCCAGACGUCAGUCACAUUGACCAUUAUGCCCGUGGCCGGACGUGGCUAUCCUCGACCUUUGCUCGUGAGAAGCUUGACGAAAUAGGAGGAAGUAACAAAGACAACAUCACUUUCAGUCCCGAGAGGAUUGCAGAGUUCAAAUCCGACCGAGCAGUAUACCAUAAAUUCAGGAAGGACAUCGAACAUGACCUCCAGAAUGGCUUCUGGGUGACUAUCAAAGACACACCUGAACAGCUAGCAGGCCCAGAAUUUUUCAAAGAGAAUAUGAAACGUCGUCUAGCCAAGAAGCCCGAGCUGUUGGACCAAAUACUUCCGGAAUUUCCACCCGGUUGCCGUCGCUUGACGCCUGGUCCUGGUUACCUCGAAGCCCUCACAGACGAAAAAGUGGACGUGAUUAAGACCGAGAUCAGCUGCAUUGAUUCAACUGGCAUUACCACAGCAGAUGGUGUGCACCGAGAGGUCGACGUCAUUGUAUGCGCAACUGGGUUCGACACUACCUAUCUACCCCGUUUCCCCAUGACAGGUCGCAAAGGCAUCUCUCUAGCCGAGAAGUGGAAAGACAUCCCAGAGACAUACAUUUCUCUCGCUACGAACGAGUUCCCUAACUACUUCAUCUGCCUCGGCCCCAAUGCCGCCCUCGGACAUGGAAGCUUGAUUCUAUUGAUCGAAAAUGAGAUUGAUUACAUCACAAAAUGUGUCGCCAAGCUGCAACGCGAUAACAUUCGCUCAAUGGUACCUCGCAAGGAAGCCGUUGAGCGAUUUACAAAACACUGCGAGCAACAUUUCAGCAAAACCGUGUUUAGCGAAAAGUGCCGUAGCUGGUACAAGGGUGGUAAAGAAGAUGGACGCGUUAUCGCGGUCUGGCCUGGAUCAUCCCUACACGCCCUUAAGACAUUCAGCAACCCCCGUUGGGAAGACUUUGAAUAUGAAUACAUCAACGAUAACCCCAACGGCUGGAUUGGCGAUGGUUGGACCGCUGCCGAAAAGCUACGUUCAUUUGAUGUGAAUUAUCUGGACGAUGAUCAGAUUGAUUUCCCGACCCCGGUUGAGGUUGAGGCCAAGAAAGAGGAAGAAGCAACAACAGAAGUACAGGAAGACAAGAAAGAAGAGACUCCUAGCGUAGAGGUGUCAAAGAACUCGAGUACAGUACAUGUUGAGACGGUGGCUGUCGAAGUGCCCGCUUAG